AUGCCAGACAAGUACCAUUGCGACUGUGGAUUUGACCACGAUCAGGACAUCUACUACGGCUUCGAUUCUGACGACGACAUCACCGACGAUGACGAUGACGAUUACUCCGAGGACAACGACGACGAAUCUCACUUCAGCUCAGACUCUGAUUCAGAACCCGAUGAAGUCGACCUCACUCCUCGUUGCGCGCAGUGCCACAAGACCGCAGACCAGACCAAGGAACUUGUCCUCCGGCGAUGCAUCCAAUGCAAGUCUGCUCAUUACUGCACUCACAAAUGCCAAAAGACCCAUUGGAUCCACCACAAGGAGUACUGCGACAGCGUCUGGAAAAUGACCGAACUCCUCAAGAGUUCCAACUACCCUCUUGACCUGCAUGAUGAUCUCCAGGAGAACCUGGACCGGUUCAAGUUCGAGUGCAAGUCCUGGCCCGUCGUCAAGACUGGUCCCGGUGAACCCCCUGGUCCAACGCCCCCAGCGACUUCAAAGAUUCUCUAUAUGCGGUCCAUGGGCGACAAACCUCCAAAGCGCUCACGGCCUCCUAAGUCGACUGUCGCUGCCGCUGCUGCUACUCCCGCUAAACCAGUUACACCUCUUGCCAAAGUAGCCGCUGCCACAACCACAAAGACUGCUACUCCUGCAACUAAGGUUUCUGCUCCUGCUGCCAAAGCAGCUUCUCCUGCUGUCAAGACUGCAACCCCUGCUCCUGCCAAAGCAGCUGCUUCUACCACGACCAAGGCUACCACUACUUCAUCCGCCAAGUCGACCACCCCUACAAAACCAGUGAAACCUGUGACGACUGCGAUCAAGCCUGUUACUCCAAUUGCCAAAGCUACGGCGACUGCUGUCAAACUGACACCUCCAUCAAGCAAUGGCAACGUCAAGUUUACAACGCCAACAGCCGAGCCUAUCAAACUUGGGAAAGACGCUUCUGGAGCACCCGUCAUGACCAAUUCGUCAAAGUCGCCGUUGUUUGUCAAGGAACCGGGUCAGGAAGUCAUAUCGAAUGGACUAAAAAAGCAUAUCGACAAGCCAUACCACCGUCUCAGCAGCAAGACUUGGCUUCACGACCGGCCGGAAGAGGAUGUCUACAAGCUCUUGAUCGAUUGCUUCCGGAUGCGCCAGCACGACGAUUUCACGAUGGAGGGACUCAAGGACAAGGACGGUUUGUACGGAGGGGCGAACCACAGUCAGGCCGGGUUCAAACGGUUCUUGGUCAAGGCAGAAUCACGACAGGACCUAUUGCCGAAUUGGUGGUUCAUGGGCAAGGCUGCGGCCAAUUGUCUGCGCAUGGGUGGAGGAUUGGGUGCAACUGGCACGGAAUGGUCUUCCUUGGCUCGGAAGGUCAACAAGGCAGUUAUUAUUGAUCACUAUGCAAAUCCGGAGAUGCCGAUGCAGCUGCGGAUGCUGGGCGAGCAGAUUUAUCAGCGAGGACCUGGGGGACAGUCUGGCGCGCAGAUGAUCAAGCUGAAUAUGGAGAUGGAGACCGAGGGGAUGUAUGGUAUGACUAUCGACAUGACCCGCCUCACGCCCAAGUAA